AUGAGCCAAGGAGGAACGCCGCGCAACGCGGGAACGGCAAAAAAAGAGAAAAAGGAGGGUAGCGCGCCGCCCGGGCAGUUUGUGAGCGACUCAACCGCAACCAACUCGCGCCAACUCUUGAAUGCCUACAUCUACGACUUUCUUGUGAAAAGCGGGCUCCCCGCGACUGCCAAGGCGUUUGUCGCGGAGGCCGACGUGCCCACGACCAACACCGUGGCGCCGGGCGCGGCCGAGCCUGCACGAGCGGACUUGCCGGCGCUCCAGAUUUCCAUGGACGCGCCGCAGGGCUUCUUGUAUGAGUGGUGGCAGAUUUUCUGGGACGUGUUCAAUGCGCGCACGCACCGCGCCGGCUCUGGACCUGCGCAGCAGUACUUCCAGCUUCAGUUGUUGCGCCAGCGGCGCGAACAUGCGUUGCACAGCAUGACCGCGCACGCGGCGCACGCGCAAGCGCAAGGCCAACCACAGCUGCAGAUUCAAUCCCAGGCGGCGCCCCAGGCCAUGCAAACGCCGGUGGCGAAAGCCUCCGUGCCACCCGCACCCACCGGCUCGCCCGCCAAAAGACAGCGCAUAUCGAACAACUCCACGCCAACCAGCGUCCCGAGUGCGUCGCCCCUCACGGGACACCCGCCACCGCCACAGAUGGUAAUGCAGAGCUUCAACCCGCAGUACAUGUACAAGGGCCCAGGCUCCGCUACGACGCCAGGCAUACCGUUUAAUCCAAUGGAGCUCCAGCCGCAGAUGAAAGUACCAAUGGGCGUGUACGCGGGACAAAACGGGGCGAUGAUGAACGGAAUGGCCCAGAACGGGGCGAUUAUGGCCCAGAACGGCCAGGGCCUCACAAUGGGCGCUACAAAUGGCGCCACGAAUGGCACGAACGGUGCGGGCUUCACCUCCAUGAACGCCAACCUACAAGAGUACCAGACCCAGCUCAUGCUUAUGGAGAGACAGAACCGCAUGAUGAUGGAGCACGACCAUGCCGGUGGUGAUGCCAUGGCUGGCCAACAGACCAUGGCCAUUCCCAACCAGCGCUGGCAGCAGUUGCUGCAACUGCAGAUGCCGCCACCGCAGAACGCUGCGCGCAACACGCCCGCGGCGUCGCCCGCGACCGCGAGUGCGCCGCAUCCCGUGGACAGCAAUGGACACACGCCAAGCAAUGUAAAGACCCCGGUGGUGGCAAACAUGCCAACGCCGAACAACUCAGGUGGCGCGGGCCCGGGGACUGGUUCCACCGGCAAAAAGAAGCCUGCGCCGAAAAGACAGCGUAAGAUGUCGAAAACAAAUGGCUCCGAGCCACCCACCCCAACCACGCCCUUGACUCCGGCGAAUGUCCAGACCACGCCACAGUUGGCGAACCAGCAGCCUCCGCCAGCCGCGAGCGCUGUCACCACCACCGGCCCUAAGAAAAGCGUGUCUGCGCCUGCGUCAAAACGCAAAAGCAGCACCAGCGAUGCCCCGACUCAUAUCGAUCCCAACGCCUUGCGCUCUCCCGCGACAAAUGUCAAGCAGGCCAAGGAGACUGCGGAGGAGGUCAAACCAAGAGAGACCGCGAUCCUUCCAGAGACCGGCCAUGAGCUCAUUGGCGUUGCCCCAGAGCAAGAGGAGGGGUUGGCUACGAACUUCAUGCAGGACUCGCAGUUCUUGACGGACUUUGGCAAGGUGCACGGCGUGGCUGUUGCUCCGGAGGACAUGGACUUUGACUUUAACAACUUUUUGAAUACAGGGGAGAAUGAGCACAUGGGGAGCAAUGUGGGGUUUGAGGGGGUGUUUGGGUGGGCGGAUGGCGUCUAG